ACGCGGCGGUUGCUGCUGUUGAGAGGAGGCUCCGGCUCGUGCCGCUGCGGAGCGAAUCCCGGGCCCUGGGUCGGGUAAUUGGAGCCAAGAACUCCUAUUUCUUUUCUGUCUCUGCAGAAAUGGUUCAGCUCCAUGUGAAGCGUGGUGACGAGAGCCAAUUCCUGCUGGAAACAACAUGCAGCAUCUCCAUGGAAGACUUAACGCAACAAGUCACCAGGAUCUACAAUAGCAGGCUCAAAGUGCAGCGUAUUUGCUCAGAAAUGCAGGAACUGGCAGAACAUGGUGUCUUCUUGCCUCCUAAUAUGCAAGGACUGACGGAUGAACAGAUUGAAGAUUUGAAAUUAAAGGAUGAAUGGGCAGAUAAAUGUUUACCAAGUGGUGGAAGUAUCUUUAAAAAGGAUGAAAUUGGACGAAGGAAUGGACACGCUCCAAAUGAAAAAAUGAAAGAAGUUUUAAAAAAGACAAUAGAGGAAGCUAAAGCACAAAUAUCUAAGAAACAAGUUCAAGCUAACAUAUAUGUUAAUAUGGAGAUGGUGAAAGAUGCACUGGACCAGCUCCGAGGAGCUGUAAUGAUUGUUUAUCCGAUGGGAUUGCCUCCACAUGAUCCGAUUAGAAUGGAGUUUGAAGAUAAAGAAGACUUGUCGGGAACUCAUGCUGGACUUGAGGUUAUUGAAGAGUCUGAAGCACAACUGUGGUGGGCAGCAAAGGAGUUAAAAAGAACAAACAAACUUUCAGACUUUGUGGGCAAAAAUGAAAAAACUAAAAUCAUUGUCAAGAUACAGAAAAAAGGACAAGGUGCCCCAUCACGUGAACCUGUGAUAAGUAAUGAAGAGCAAAAACAGAUGAUGCUGUAUUAUCACAGGAAGCAGGAGGAACUCAAGAAAUUAGAAGAAAAUGAUGACGACUCCUAUUUAAAUUCAGAAUGGGCAGACAGUCAUGCUUUGAAAAGACAGUUUCAUGGUGUAAAAGAUAUUAAGUGGGGACCGAGAUGAAGCUCUCCAAACAGACUUUGCCCCUUUAGAAAUAAAUAAAAAAUUGACCUACCCUUGUUAUGUAUAUGACAAGCACAUUAGUAGACCUCAGUUAGUAUUUGUGACAAAUGUUGAAAUUUCCAGUUUCAUAGUAGAGGUUCAUUUUAAGCUUGAGUUUUUUAAUGAAAACUUCACAUUUCUAUUAACUGUCUAUAGCAGGACUCUUCUGUAGUAUGACUAUGUAGAUUACACAUUGUAAAUGUUCAUAAUUCUAUUUUUACAAAUGUUUGUAACUGGAAUAAUUCUUAAAUUAUUUUGCAGACAGCAUUCAUAGCUAAUAAAAAAUAAUUAGAUGGUUGUGCUGGUAGCCUUAAAGUUUUCUUCUUUAUUUUGAACAUCAGUUCUCAUGUAUACCAUCUUGAAUCAAUGCAAAUUUAGUGGUGUUAAUUAUUUGUUUGCAUCUUAACAAGGUUAAUUUUAAGCUAUCAGUUUUUAAAUGAAUAGAUUUUUGUUAGCAAUUAUUUAAACAAAGUAGUUUUGUUUGAACACUGAUAAAAUGAAACUUUUUUGUA